GCACGCGCAAACACAAAGCACUUGGCGGGUGACUGAAGUUGUAAACCACAGGUUAAAGACCCUAGCUGUUGACGAGUUAAUUCAUGCCAUUCGAUGGAGUCAUCAGAAUAUAUACUAUUCAAUUGGAAAGGCAAACAAUGGCCGGCCAAGGUUUUGAGGAGAUCAGUAAAAUCAAAGCAUAGGAAUGAUGUUGAAGUUGAACUUCUCGGUGAAGGUCCCAGAGUGUGGGUGCACGAGAAGAAAACGCUACCGAUGACUCUGCAACGUAUAGAGCACAUUUCUGCCCGUUUGCUUAAAUCGACUUCCAGACCAACGGACACAAUGAGAGAGUUGAAACACCGCAAAGCGUUGCGGUUGGGAUUCGAAAUGUGUCAAGAGAUCCCAACGUCUUCCCUGCCAGAAUACCCAAGCAUGGCAGAAGUUCGACGUGACCGACGGGUGACGCUCGAUGGAGCGAAAGGUAUUGGCCGGACGAAUGUGAAGACAACAGAUGCAGACGAGCAUGACAAGCAAGGCCCACCCCAACAAGCGACAGGGGAUACCAGCCCAAACCAAAAACUUUCAAGCUCCAAGGUGGUUAGGAAGUGUCGAUCUGCUUUAAGAAGACAGACCUCACAAACUCCAAGUACCAGCUUGUUGCAGUGUUCGAAGGAAGAAACCAGUCUCAUCCACCACAAUGCUCCACAGCGAACCAGACAAAACAACUCCUCUCCUGAGAGCUUCGUGGGCCAUUGCAGGCCCAUCUCAAGGGCUUGCUCGAGGCAAGGCCUGACAUUUAGCCUGGCGGAUCCUCAGGAAUCAAAGCCUGAAGCCAUACCAUGCAGCAAGGGAAAUAAAGGUGUGGUCACGUCAUUGUUCGACACUUCCAGUGAGCUGACCGUCACCCCGCCACAGUCCCUCCCUCUGAAAGAGCUGCAAGGGCAGACAGUCCCAGCCGACAGCCAAGACCACGACGAGGAGACAGAGGAAGAUCUCCCCAGGUUCUGCAUGCAAAUGGAGGAACGGGCUCUCACAAAGGGCGUGUGUGUCUGGUGUAAAGUGAGAGGAUUCCCCUACUGGCCAGCCAUGGUCAACUGUCUUUACCGCAAGGAAAAGAAAGCAGGUGUUGUGUUCAUUGAUGAAUUCAUUUUCCAAAAGAGAAGAACUCUAAAUGGAAUCAAGGUCACCUUAAGAAACCUAAAACCUUUUGAUGCUGAGGAAACUGCUGAGUUGGUGGACAAAGCCAGGGACAGGUAUGGUACUGCCAUUGACCACUGUCUUGAACUUAUUCGGGACUAUAAGAUACGCAUCGGCUGUGGUUCGUUUUCUGGUUCCCUGGUAGAGUAUAUUACAGAUGACAUCAGCAUUCCAUUGAGGAGGCUUUAUCUGAGCUCACCCAACAAGAACAUUUUGAAGGACCACAAGUCACCAGUUGAGCAUCAGAACAUUAGCAGCCCCUGUACCCAGGACGUACACUCCCCUGACCAGGAAGUACACUCCCCUGACCAGGAAGUACACUCCCCUGACCAGGAAGUACACUCCCCUGACCAGGAAGUACAUGCCCCUGACCAGGCAGUACACCCUCCUGACCAGGAAGUACACGCCCCUGACCAGGCAGUACACCCCCCUGACCCGGAACUAAACAGUUGUAAGGCCGCUCACAACUGCAAUAAUGAGAAAAUGGUGCACUUCAUUGUCAGAGAGCGGGGUUUGGAGGGGCACCUUCAGGGCGUCAUCAGUGGCAGUGUGUUAUCUAAGUGGCUUCAGGCCUACAAACGACGCAGUCGCAAAGUUGUUAAAACCUACAUUGAGGAUGACGAGCAACUGGACCAGAUCUUCUACUACCUGAAGGAUGUUCUGGAGAAAGCAUCUCCUUGUUUAUCAGAGUUGGAGAAGAUCCACUUCAUUUUGGAUGUUCUCUUACCAGAGGCAGUCAUCCAUGGAAUCUCUGUGGUUGAAGGUAUAUCUGUCAAAAAAGCAGAAGAUAAGUACAUGCAGUGGCCUUUUGUCAGUGAAAGAGAACGGAAAGAGUUUGACUUCAUGAUUGCUAAGCAGAUGAAGAAAUGGCACAACAUAGAUAACAAUAACUUGUGACCUGUAUUGGCUGCUUUUCUUGGGCAGCAAACUUAUUUUGUUCUAUUUUAAAUGUAUUUGACAGGAAACAGUUGUAAUUUAUGAUAAGGGUUGAUAUAUUUAUUGUUCUGCAGUUGUCUUAAUACAUCUUUGACUUGCGUUUGUAAACCCACGUUGGAAAUAAAGUUACAUUUUCCC